AGCCGCAGCCCGCGUCCCCGAGCCCCCCGGCCGGCCCGGCCCCGGCCCCAGUCCCCCGGCUAGCACUUACGCCCCCUGGGCAGCUGGGUGGCGAGGGACCGAGCGCCAGGCGGCGGGCCGGAGAAGGGACGCGCGGCGGGCGGCCGCGGGGCAUGAGGCAGGGGCGCGAUGUCGGUGCCGCUGCUCAAGAUCGGGGCCGUGCUGAGCACCAUGGCCAUGGUCACCAACUGGAUGUCGCAGACGCUGCCUUCGCUCGUGGGGCUCAACGGCACCGUGUCCCGCGCGGGCGCCUCCGAGAAAAUCACCCUCUUCCAGAGCCCAGAGGAAGGCUGGCAGCUGUACACCUCGGCCCAGGCUCCUGACGGAAAAUGCAUCUGCACAGCUGUGAUCCCUGCACAGAGCACUUGCUCUCGAGAUGGCCGGAGCCGGGAGCUGCGGCAGCUGAUGGAGAAGGUUCAGAACGUGUCCCAGUCCAUGGAGGUCCUUGAGUUGCGGACCUACCGUGACCUCCAGUACGUGCGCAACAUGGAGACCCUCAUGCGGAGCCUGGAUGCGCGGCUCCGGGCAGCCGAUGGGUCCCUCUCGGCCAAGAGCUUCCAGGAGCUGAAGGACAGGAUGACCGAGCUGUUGCCGCUGAGCUCAGUCCUGGAGCAGUACAAGGCCGACACGCGGACCAUCGUCCGCCUGCGGGAGGAGGUGAGGAAUCUCUCCGGCAGCCUAGCAGCCAUCCAGGAGGAGAUGGGCGCCUACGGGUACGAGGACCUGCAGCAGCGGGUGAUGGCCCUGGAGGCUCGGCUCCAUGCCUGCGCCCAGAAGCUGGGCUGCGGGAAGCUGACUGGGGUCAGUAACCCCAUCACCAUUCGGGCCAUGGGGUCCCGCUUCGGCUCCUGGAUGACGGACACGAUGGCCCCCAGUUCGGAUACCCGGGUCUGGUACAUGGAUGGCUAUUACAAGGGCCGGCGGGUCCUGGAGUUCCGUACCCUGGGAGACUUCAUCAAAGGCCAGAACUUUAUCCAGCACCUGCUGCCCCAGCCGUGGGCGGGCACGGGCCACGUGGUGUACAAUGGUUCCCUGUUCUACAACAAGUACCAGAGCAACGUGGUGGUCAAGUACCACUUCCGCUCGCGUUCCGUGCUGGUGCAGAGGAGCCUCCCGGGGGCCGGCUACAACAACACCUUCCCUUACUCCUGGGGCGGCUUCUCGGACAUGGACUUCAUGGUGGACGAGAGCGGGCUCUGGGCCGUGUACACCACCAACCAGAACGCGGGCAACAUCGUGGUCAGCCGGCUGGACCCUCACACCCUGGAGGUCAUGCGGUCCUGGGACACCGGCUACCCCAAGCGCAGCGCCGGCGAGGCCUUCAUGAUCUGCGGCGUGCUCUACGUCACCAACUCCCACCUGGCCGGGGCCAAGGUCUACUUCGCCUACUUCACCAACACGUCCAGCUACGAGUACACGGACGUGCCCUUCCACAACCAGUACUCCCACAUCUCCAUGCUGGAUUACAACCCCCGGGAGCGGGCCCUCUACACCUGGAACAACGGCCACCAGGUGCUCUACAAUGUCACGCUCUUCCACGUCAUCAGCACCGCCGGGGACCCCUAAGCGCUGCCACGCGAGGGCGAGGGCUGCGGGGUGGGAUGCCUGUGUCCCUCCAAGUUCAUCUCUCUGUCUCUGCCCUGCCCUCUUGCUCUCUCCCCAUCUCCCCUCCUGUGCUGUUUUUUCUCUCCCUGAGUGCCCAGCUGUCAAUCUCUGCCUGUUUUUCUAUCGGUGCGGUUCCUCAAUGUUGUCUCUUCUCAUUUCCGGAUCUGAUUUUGAUACUUGGCUCUGUCUUUCUGCUUUUUUAUUGAUGUCCCUCUGUCUCUUGCUUUCUAUCGAUCUGACUCUCCAGCUCUUUCCCUAUCUCUGCCGGUCUGUCUCUCUUCCAUCCCCCUACCCUCUCUGCCUCCCACCCAGUCCCCGCCCCUCCUCCUCCUCAUUCCACGUCCCCUCCUCUGGACCCAAGGAGUUGAGUGCAUGGAUCUGUUUCUUUCUUUUUUAAUUUACACAUUUUCUUUCCGGGUUGCUGGAAUAAACGGGACCUUUGACAUUUGA